AUGUUGUCUAAACACUUGCUAUGCCUCCUUUUAGGAGCGGUGUUUCUCACCACUUCUACCUUUGCAGAUUAUUAUCAACCUCCCACUUAUAAGCCUCCAACAGAAAAACCACCUGUUUAUAAGCCUCCUACUAAGAAGUCACCCACUUAUAAACCUCCAGUUGAGAAACCACCUGUUCAUAAGCCACCAGUUGAAAAGCCACCUGUUGAAAAGCCACCUGUUUAUAAGCCUCCAAUUGAGAAACCUCCUGUUCACAAGCCACCAGUUGAGAAGCCACCUGUGUACAAGCCACCAGUUGAGAAACCUCCUACUCACAAGCCCCCAGUAGAGAAACCUCCUGUUAACAAGCCACCAGUUGAGAAACCGCCUGUACACAGCCCACCAGUUGAGAAACCACCCAUCUAUAAACCACCAAUUAACAAGCCCCCAGUUGAGAAACCCCCUGUUUAUAAGCCCCCAGUGGAGAAACCUCCUGUUUACAAGCCACCAGUUGAGAAACCACCAGUGUACAAGCCACCAACUGAGAAACCACCUAUCUACAAGCCACCAGUUAACAAGCCUCCAAUUGAGAAACCUCCUGUGUAUAAGCCCCCAGUUGAGAAACCUCCUGUGUACAGGCCCCCAGUGGCAAAACCACCUGUUUACACAUCACCAGUUGAGAAACCACCAGUUAAAAAGCCCCCAGUUGAGAAGCCUUCGGUUUAUAAGCCUCCAGUGAAAAAACCACCAGUUUACAAGACACCAGUUGAGAAACCACCUAUGUAUAAGUCGCCAAUUGAGAAACCACCUGUGUACAAAUCCCCAGUUGAGAAACCACCUGUUUAUAAGCCACCAUCUUAUGGUCACUAG